ACUACUAUAUAAACCCUUCACCUUCACAUUCUAAUAACAACACCUCCCAUAUUAGUAACAUUUUUCUUCUCUUAAUUAAUGAUAUAUGGAGACAGAAAGCUAUAGGAAUGGAGGAGCAGAAAAAGAAGUUGGGGUGGCUAACAAGCAAACCAUAAGAUGGACAGAUUUUUGUUUGAGAUUUUUGGCAUUUGUACUCACACUUGUAGCUGCCAUUGUAGUUGGAGUUAGCAAACAAAAUGAGCUUGUUCCCGUCCAGUUGGUCCCAACAUUGCCGCCCAUCAAUGUUCCCGCAUCCGCUAAGUGGAGCCACAUGUCCGCCUUUGUGUACUUUGUGGUUGUGAAUGCAAUUGCAUGUGCAUAUGCAAUUAUCUCCUUAGUCCUUUCAUUGGUAAAUAGGGGAAAAACAAAAGGCCUCUCGAUAACGGUCAUUCUCUUGGACCUCAUCAUGGUGGCGCUUCUCUACUCUGGCGUUGGAGCCGCCGCGGCUGUCGGCCUCAUCGGAUAUAAAGGGAACUCCCACGUCCGGUGGAACAAGGUGUGCAACGUGUUUGGUAAAUUUUGUGGACAAGUCGCAGCGGGCAUUGCUCUUUCCCUAGUUGGGUCUAUAUUGUUUUUCAUGUUGCUGUUGUUUGCUAUGUUGAACCUCCAUAAGAACAGACGUCAUUAGCAAGUUGGUUCGUACACUAUUAUUAAAAAGUAUUUUGUCUGUAAAAUAGCUUUUCUACAUACCAAGUUUUAUUGUAUUGUAUUACAUAACUAGGCUAUGGUGUUUUUCUUUAAUAAUUUAACACGUACGUGUUUGAUAAAUCAUCCGUUGUAAACCUUUGUGUGUUGCAUUUUUGCUUUCAGUAUAUAUAGUAGGUUGUUAAAAUU